CAGCGUCUGUCAACAGCCGGAAAAUUGCGGAAGCGGAUGUAGGAAGCAGCGCGGUACCCGGCAAGGCUGUGCGGAGCUGCGCGAGGUGCUCGCGGGCGUCCGCCUCGGCGGCCUUCGGGCGGCGCUCUGGCUGACAACCCAAGGCCCGGCCCUCGGCGCCUCAGGACCGCUGUAGUCGGCCCGCCUGGGCGGUUGGCGUCGGUGUGCGGCCUGCGUCGGCUCGCCCAUGGACAAGGCCCGGCGCGAGGGAGAUGGCGGCCCGCGGGGGCCGGUCCUGCACAUUGUGGUGGUCGGCUUUCACCACAAGAAGGGCUGCCAGGUUGAAUUCUCUUACCCACCGCUGAUUCCAGGAGAGGGACACGACAGCCACACUUUACCUGAAGAAUGGAAGUACUUGCCUUUCCUUGCCUUACCAGAUGGUGCACACAACUAUCAGGAAGAUACUGUGUUUUUUCACUUGCCACCCAGAAAUGGAAAUGGAGCCACAGUAUAUGGUAUCUCCUGCUAUCGACAAAUUGAAGCCAAGGCAUUAAAAGUAAGGCAAGCUGACAUCACCAGAGAGACGGUUCAGAAAAGCGUCUGUGUUUUAAGCAAACUGCCUCUUUAUGGCUUACUUCAAGCAAAACUUCAACUCAUUACACAUGCAUAUUUUGAAGAGAAGGAUUUUUCCCAAAUUUCCAUUUUAAAGGAGCUCUAUGAACAUAUGAAUGGGUCCCUAGGGGGAACUUCAUUAGAAGGGUCUCAAGUAUACCUUGGUCUCUCUCCUCGAGAUCUUGUCCUUCAUUUUCGACAUAAGGUCUUAAUCUUGUUUAAACUAAUUCUUCUGGAAAAAAAGGUUCUUUUUUAUAUUUCUCCAGUGAAUAGAUUGGUGGGUGCACUGAUGACUGUGUUGUCCCUUUUUCCAGGCAUGAUUGAACAUGGCCUCAGUGACUGUUCUCAAUACAGACCUCGAAAGAGUAUGUCUGAAGAUUCUGGCCUUCAGGAAAAUAAUCUUCCUGCAGAUGGUUUUAUUUCUGGGUCUGCCCCUGAUGUUUCAAAUACUAGCUUGGGAACUGUCAUGAAAAUCAAGGCAGGAAACCAUGGAGGAGAUGCUGCCCUCAAGACUGAUCAAGUUGAAGAUAACAGCAAAGGACAGGAACCAAACAAUAGUAGUCGGUAUUUGAAAAUUCCAUCGCGUCCAUCUCCAGAGUCUUCAGAAAGUGACUGGGAAACUUUGGAUCCUAGUGUUUUAGAGGACCCCAACUUGAAAGAAAGGGGACAGGUAGAGUCAGACCAAACAAACUCAUUUCCAAAAGACUCUUUGCUCUCAGACAGUCCUCCAAUUACUGUGCAACCUCAAGCUAAUACCGGCCAGGUGGUUCUGAUACCAGGGCUCAUUUCUGGUUUGGAAGAGGACCAGUACGGCAUGCCUCUGGCCAUCUUCACAAAGGGAUAUCUAUGUUUGCCUUAUAUGGCAUUGCAGCAGCAUCACCUUCUCUCCGAUGUCGCUGUUCGGGGAUUUGUUGCUGGAGCUACUAACAUCCUUUUUCGACAACAGAAGCACCUCAGUGACGCCAUUGUGGAAGUAGAAGAAGCUCUGAUCCAGAUCCAUGACCCAGAACUCAGGAAGCUGCUCAGCCCGACCACUGCAGACCUGAGGUUCUCAGAUUACCUCGUAAGGCACGUGACUGAGAACCGGGAUGAUGUCUUCCUGGAUGGCACAGGCUGGGAGGGAGGUGACGAAUGGAUCCGGGCCCAGUUUGCAGUCUAUAUCCACGCCCUGCUGGCUGCCACACUGCAGUUCGACAAUGAAAAGAUGUUAUCAGACUAUGGGACAACUUUCGUUACAGCCUGGAAGAACACUCACAACUACAGAGUCUGGAACAGCAACAAACACCCGGCACUCACAGAGAUCAACCCCAACCAUCCUUUUCAAGGCCAGUACUCAAUGUCAGACAUGAAACUAAGAUUCUCACAUUCUGUUCAGAACAGUGAACGUGGUAAAAAAAUCGGAAACGUCAUGGUCACAACCAGCCGGAAUGUUGUACAAACAGGAAAAGCUGUUGGCCAGUCAGUCGGAGGAGCUUUUUCCAGUGCAAAGACAGCUAUGUCUUCAUGGCUGUCUACAUUCACCACAUCCACCCCCCAGAGCCUCCCUGAGCCACCUAAUGGGAAGCCCUGAACCCGGAGGCAAGGGUUGCAUUGUUUUCUUAGGUGUAAGUGCUCCCUGCCCCUCCGCUGCUCCCAGGGUCUCCUUCAUCCACAGGCCAUAGCCAGGGACCAGGAUAUCAAACUGUUUACAUGGAUGGGUGAGCUCUGUCUAAAUGAGUGUGUGGACUGCUGAACAGAAGUCACAACCGUAGCAGAGAUAGCUUUCCAGGUUGGGGCUUAAUCUGACUACUUUUCAUUCUGAGCCUAAUUAGUGCACACACUGAACUUCUAGUGAAUUUUAAGUUUGGAGAGUGUAUAUUUGUUUACUUUAGAAUUUUCAUAUCUGUAUAUUUUGUUCUGUUUUGCCGUUUAAAUAUUUAGAUGGUCAUUGUAAUGUAUAUUUACUAAAAUUAAGUUAUAUUGCUAUUUUACUUUCUCUAAAGUUAGCCCCGAAUUUUGCUUGUAAAGUUAAGGGGCCAGGCAGUUCACCUUGUAUUAUUUUGCUCUGUUCUAGGAUGAAUUUUUGUGUUGUGUUUUUUUUAAUCCACAAAACACAUUUACCAGUUCACUUUGUCCCAGGACCAUGACAGUCAGAGGGGGAAGCUCUGAGGAUGGGAUGUCGUUUAACAUUAAUCUCUUUCCUGGCAAAGUUGCUGUGAGGCAACACUAUGCGUUCCUCUUCCUGACUGUGCAGAUGAAUGUUUAGGGAAGCAGCAGUGUGGCUCAGCAGUGUUGGUGAUGUGUCUUUAGGCAGUGUUUUCACAGAGCCAUGCAUUAGCUUGAUCUCCUCUAAUGUGCAGUCUUUUCUAAAGUUAUUUAUUUUUAUUUUAUGUAUAUGAAUGUUUUGCCUGCCCGUAUGUAAGUGUACCACUUGUAUGCAGUGCCCAUGAGGGCCAGAAGAGGGUGUCAGAUCCCCUGGAACUAGAGUUAUGUACAGUUGUUAGCCACCAUGUGGGUGCUGGGAACUGAACCUGGGUCCUCUGGAGGAGCAGCCAGUGCUCUUAACCACUGAGCCAUCUCUCAGCCCCUGUGUUGCAGUCUUAAUCAGCACUUUUUAUCUACAGUUUGUGCCUUGGUUCUUCUUUGAGCAGUUUUCUGUUGGGUGUUAGGGACACAUAGGCUUUCUCUUAGUCUUGUUCUGCAUGAAGCCUUUCAAAGGCUCUUGGCCUUCCCAUGUCCCUGACUGAAGUCCUCUUGUAGUCAAAUGAAUUCCUGCCACCUUCAGAAGAAAAGCAAAGUGAUCAGUGAAGAAUAAAUAGAUGUUGCAGCUUAGCUCACAUUUAAAAAAGCAAGAAGCAGACCAAGGAGGUAACUUAGCGGGUAAGGACUUGCCAGGCUCAUGAGUCAGCUAGCCUGGGACAUGCAGAGAAAUCUCAGAAACAAGAGAGACCCUCAUCAGAACAAAGUGGAAGGCAGGAACCAACUGCUGAAAGCUGUUCUCUGACCUCCACAUCUGUGCUUCCAUGCAUAUGAUUGCAUUCACACAUACUACAUACACCAGAAAGAGAAGCAGGAAGCAAGAGAACAAGCUGACACCCAUGCCAUGAGCCACGUGUGAUGAAGUUAUACCUGGUUUAUUGUUGCCACGGGCAUGAGUUUGCCAACUUCUGAUUGCUCUGCACAGCUGGAGCACAUGUUGUUUGCUUCAUAGCUGUCGUUUACUUUUCAAGGAAAGUCGAAUGGGUGUUCUCAGGGAGUACUUGUGGAAACAGUCUUUUUCAGUAACAAAAAAACAUAGAGAAAGCAUUAUGACUUGUUGAUUUAUAAAGUGACUCUCCUAAGGAGCAUAAUCUAAUGUCCCUAAGUUUUGAAAUUUGAGGAUUUUACAUAGACCACUAAAUAUGGAAACCUACUUGCAUUUGAAUACAAUAACUUGAGAAUUCAGUGAUAACAGAUUGAUGGGCUUAAAGGGAGGGUGUCACUAAUUCUCUUCAGCCAGGAAAGUUAACAUCAGGAAAUAUUUGGAGAGAAGAAAGUAAUGCCAGACAGAACUGGAAGGAUACUUUAAUCAAUGCUCUGCGUUCUAAGACUGUAAAGAACUAAUUUUUAAAGAUAUUUUAUUUUUUUUAUUUUAUGUGUGUGAGUGUCCUGCCUGCAUGUGUGUAAGUCCACCCAUGUGUGCAGUGCCCACAGAGGCUACAAGAGGGUGUUGGAGCCCCUGGAACUAGGGUUAGUUACGAAUGCUUUUUAGCUUUGUGUGGGUGCUGGAAACCAAACCCAGGUCCUCUGCAAGAGUAGCCAAUACACUGAGCCAUCUCUCCAGCCCCAAGAACGCAUCCUUUUCAUUUCAUGUUAACACUGCUAAGAAUUACUGUAGAGCCCUGAGAGGUUAACCAGCAAGAUAAUGACCCAUUCUUUAAUUUACAUGACUGCAGAAGAAUGCCAAUCUCCCAGUACUCAAAAGCAGUAAACACUCACUUUGGAAUCUACUUGGGGCAAAAAAAAUGUGAAAUAAAAUUUAACUCAGCUUUAGUAUCACAUUCCCGUGUGUGUGUACAUGUGCAUGUGUGUCUGUGGGGUCGGGGGUUGCUUUGGUUUUGGUGAGAGAGGGUCUCUCUGUCUUGCCCAGGUAGUUCUCAAAAUUCCCAUCCCUCCACCUCAGUCUCCCGAAUAACUGGGAUUACAAUACACACCACUGUUCUAGACUUGUGUAUAUUUUAAUUGAAUCUUCUCAAUAUUUGUAGUUGAGAAUUUAACUCUGAAGGCGGGUCAUGAUGGCGCAUGCCUUUAUUCCUAGCACUGGGAGGCAGAGGCCAGCCUGGGCUAUAAAGCAGUUUUCAGGCUAGCCACUGCUACAUAGUGAGACCCUGUCUCAAACAAACAAAUAAUUUAAUCUUAAAAUAGUCACUUAACUGUUUUCAGCAUAAAACUAUCUGAGAAUAUCAAACUUCUAUCAGAAUGGUCAAGAGAUUAUAACUCUACUUCAGGUUCGGGGAAAUGUUAGAGUUUCUAAGGGUGGUUGGCAGGGGCACUGAAGCUGAUUCUAAGAACUGAGUAUUUGCAACUAAGCCUGAGGGAACCAAAGUCAACCAGCAUUUUUCAGGCUUGCAGAACUCAGAUUCCAUUGUAGACUGCUGGUGAUGAUAAGGAAGAGAAUGAAAGCUGUGGGCCCCUGGGCUAGACACAUAGAAACUGCCUGCCUCCUGACCCGUGUGAGUAGUCUAUCCCCAAAUCCAUUACUGACUCACUAACUCCCAAGCCUGAAAACAGUUCUCAUCUACGUGGUGGCACACGCCCUUAAUCCCAGCCCUCAGGAGGCAGAGGCAGGAGGAUCUCUGUGAGUUCAAGGCCAACUUGGGCUACAUAGUGAGUUCCAGGCCAGCUGUACCUACAGGGAGACCCUGUCUCAAAAAGACAAGAAAAAAGAAAGUUUUCUUUGGCUGCAAAGCAGAGCUCAACUUCUUCAACCCUUCUACUUUCCAAGCUCUGUACUGCAUGUUUACUAUCUUAAAUAACUUUCAUUAGGAAACAAAUUAGGAAAAGAAGAAUGAGAAGUUGAUAAAUGACCGAGGAAUCGGGGAAUUAAAAUCUAAAUGGGGGUAUUUUAAGUGCAUUUAAUCUGCUAAAAGUUAGGAGGUUUUUUUAGAAAGAAGUUAGAAUCUUAAUCUGUUGUUUAUGCAUUUCUGAAUACAGCUAUAGCCUUCUCUCCCUGGUGGUCAGUUUUAUUGAAGUUACAUAUUCUGUGGGAGUUAACAGCCAUUGGUCCUCUUCCCUCCAGUGUUAGUGAUGAGCUUGGAAGUCCUGCAGGCCCCAGCAUCCUUAUCUGUAACCACAGGCACAUUUCUGCUAUCACCUCUGUGGAGGGCAACCUGUUAAUCAGCAGCUGCUGACUGGUCUGUGGUGGGAGCUGCACUGGCCUGUUAGUAUAGUGGGGUAUUGGUUGGACCCCUGAAAUGGCAAUAUUUGCAUGCUCUGGAUCUUGGGUGAGAAAUGGCACAUCAUCCAGGGCUUUCUACCCCCAUCCCUUCAUGGACUUUAAGUAGGACAGAGUUACUUGAAGGUGACUGUCAUUCCACAUAACAUAAUGUGCCAUGUAGGACUUUCUCAUUCCAAGUCUUCAAACUUCAUGACUUUGGAAUUGUUUUUCCAUAAGUUCAAACUUUCCACAAACAUUUGUCAUAGACAAAAGGAAUUUGCAUCUUUAUUUUUUUCAUAUAAAUAACUUUGUACUGACUUCUUGCUUCAUUAUGGAGAAGAAAUUGGCUCCCUUUUAGGGUAUUCCACUCCAAUAUUAAAAGGUUGUGCAUGUCUAAGAAGUUGGAUAUAUUUUGUAAAACUCUAAAUACGUUUGUAUUUCUGUGCUGUUCAGAAAUUUACCUUUUUACUUAUGCUAAUUAAAGAUACAGAAAAUAUAUAUAUAUUUAAAUCACGUAAGUGGAACAAUUUAGGGGGGGUUCCAAUCCUAUUUUUCAUCAGCUUCUCAUACAUGUGGGAUGCUGCUCAAAUUUUUUGUGUGUGCAAUAUAAACAUUUGAACAUUUCAGUCAGGUACUGGGCCCGAAAAGGUCAUUGGAAGUUUUCAGAAAGCUCUGUACUUAGAAAAUAUUUUGUUUUCUUGAAAUACUGAUAUUUUGUACCUGAAAAACAAGAUCAAGUACAUGUUUCAGGCCAUUUGAUCAUCAGUUCCUAAAUUUAGGAAGUGUUUGGAUAAUGGGUUGGUGAAGGCACUUAGUGGUUGCAAAAUAGUUUCUAAGGAAGUCUAACUAUAGCACAUAUUUUUAUCAGAAAAGUAGCCUCUCUCUGCUCUUGUAGUUUUGUAGUUUGUACUAGUUCAUUUCUCUUGUCAUUUUUUAAUGUGUUAAGUUAUAAAUCAUGUCUAAUACGGAAUUGUAGAACUUCUAUUGUAUAUUUUAAGCCAAACAUGAUAAUAAAAUUAUCCUGUUUCUCCUGCGCACAAUUGCACUUGACCUCCUAGA